AGGUCUGAGGUUGGGGGGGCACUGGCAGUAGCCACGGCCCAGCUGGCACCAGGCCCUCCUCGCUCCCACGGCGAUGGCCUUUCGUUGCGGGUGCUGCGGGCGCUUCUAUGACCUUCACCAGCUGGCACCGGCACUGCCCAGCACAUGUGCGUGCCUGAUAUGCACCUCGUGCGCGCGCGCCUCAGUCGAGGAGCAGCUAAGGGCCGCCACGAGCCGGGGCUUUGAGCCCCAGCCGCCAGCGCCAGCCACCCGGGACGCGGCCGCUGGUGGUGGUGGCCCCAAAGCGGGGGCUGGCGGGGGCGGCGGCGACCCCACCCCGCAUCCGCCGCCCCGCGCUCGGCUGCCGUCGCUUCACCAGCCCGGGGACACAGUGCUGUACCGCACCGCGGAGGGGGCGUACGUGGAGGCGGUGGUUGACCAGGUGGACAUAAGCGUGCAGCCGCCGCAGUACGGCAUACGGCUGCCCGGCGCACGUGACCUGCGCUUCACGGAGCAGCACCGCCUGCUGAGCACACAACCACCCGCGGCGGUGGCGGCGGCUGCAGCAGGCAAUGGAGCUAGCGGCAACGGUGCAAGCGGUGGCCGCAGCAAUGGCGCGCACGGCCCGCUGCAGCCGCCUCCGCCGACCGCCGCCGCCGCGCGCUGCCCCGGCUGCGGCGUGUUGCUGCCGGGCGGCCUGGCAGCGCUGCGGCCGCUGGCGCCUGACCUGGUGGCCGCGUGGGAGGCGGAGCGCACCGCCGCCUGGCUAAGAGUGCAUGACGUCAUCAGCUGCCCGCACCCCGGCUGCGGCGCCCUCAUCAUGCGCGUGCCCGCCGCCGCCGCCGCCUCCUCCUCCGCGCCCGCGUCGGCAGCGGCCUCGCCCCACACCAGCCCCUACCCCUCGCCGCCGCCGUCGCAGCGGCGGCGAAUGGCGUCCCAGGGCGCGGCGGCGGCGGCGCCGCCGCAGCCGCCAGGCGGGGCCUAUGGCCCAGGCGCCGCGGACCUGGCGGCGGCGGCGCGGCGGCGCGCGGCGGCAGAGGCUGCCGCUGCGCACCGCGAGCGGCACCGCUACCGCUGCAGCGCCUGUCGUGGGGACUUCUGUGACCUGUGCGGCGCCGCGCCCUACCACGGCGGCCUCACCUGCACGCAGGCGCGCUCGCCCGAGUGCCUCAUGUGCGGCGACCCAGUGGAGCAGCGGGAGCGGCUGACGGCGCUACUGCCCGUGGCCGCCGCAGCGGUGGCGCGCGACGAAGACGGCGACGGCGGAGACGCGGGCGAGGCAGAGGGCGGGCCGGGGCGGGACGGUGCCGGCGCGCAGGAUGGGAGCGGGGCGGCUGCGGCGGUGGGGCCGUGGGCUGCGGCGGUGGUGCGGCGUGCUGGCCGCGGCGAGCUGCUUCGGGCGCUGCGCGGGGCUCUGGACAUGGACACGAGCUGGUGCCUGGAGCGGAGGGACCUGGAGCGGGCGCUGCUGCACUACGGCUGCCGCACCUGCGCCGCGCCCGACUGCGCCGACAAGCGGGCGGCCAUGUGCGGACUGCCGCUGCCGUGCGGCCACUGGUGCUGCGGGCUGCGGCACGGCCGCCACGCCGAUGUGCCCGAGCCGGAACCCGGCAGUCACCCGCACCAGGGCCACCCGCGCUGCGUUGAGUGCGGUGCCGACCCCAUCACCGGCGCAGCACCAGCAGGAGCAGCAGCAGCAGCAGCAGCAGCAGCAGGGACGGGGACAGGAGGAGCGGGAGCAGGGCUGGGGCGAGGCCGGGCGGCGGCAGGGGCGGCAGUAGCGCGGGACUGCUGCUACUGCCAGGAGCCGCUGCGCUCCGCGCCCUGCAUUGAGCUGGGCUGCGGGCGGCGGCACGCGUGUCACUUGGCGUGCGCCAGUGCGCGGCUGCGUGCCGGCUACCCGGGCCCACACAUCUCCUUCGGCCACCUGUACUGCCCACUGUGCCGCGACUCCGACCCGGCGGCGGGCAGCAACCUGCAGGCCGCGCUGGGCCCGGUGCACCUGGAUCACCCGGCACUAGCACUGGCGCUGGCGCCGCACCUGUCGCUGCGGGAGGCGGUGGCGGGCGCGGCGCGGCAGCGGCUGCGGCUGGACGCACAGCUCAAGGCCGACCCCGCGCUGCGCCCCGGCGGCAAGUACGACGGCCGGCCCGCCGACUUCGCGCUGGAGAGGCUGCUGUUCUACAAGUGCAGCAAGUGCGCCAAGCCCUACUUUGGCGGGGCGCGGGCGUGUGGCGCCCAGGCGGAGGAUGGUGAGGACGGCGGCGGCGGUGGUCACCGCGCGGACGAGCUUGUGUGUGGUGACUGCUGCGCGCAGGCCGCCGGGACCAACUGCGCCAAACACGGCACCGCCUACAUCGAGUGGAAGUGCAAGUACUGUUGCAGUAUGGCCACCUGGUUCUGCUUCGGCACCACCCACAUGUGCAACAAGUGCCACCAAGACCCGUUCAACCUCCGUGGCGUUGGCCGGGACGGCGGCGGUGGCGCUGGCGCUGGCGGCGCUGGUGGUGGCGGCGGCGCGGCGGAAUGCCGCGACCCGCGCUGCAGUCUGCGUGCCCGCAGCAUCCCGCACCCGCCGCCGGGGCAGGAGGCGUGCCUGGGCUGCGGCAUGUGCCGGGCGGGGCUGUGAGCGAGAGGGUGAGUGCGAGGCGGUGACUGCUGUGUUGUGGAGUACUUUCGGGGGGCGCAGAGCGAGCUGGGGCAUUGUGGAGGAGGCCUAGAGCCGGUGGGGUGGGCGGCACCAGAAGCGGUGAUGGGAACGGACCGCGCGCGAUCUCAAACAUGGCAUACGUGGUGUUUAAAUUGCGGUGGGCGGGAUAGUUGGGACUCGGAUCUGUUGCCGGAGCGGCGGUGUCGUGUUUGGGCGGGAGCCGUUGCAGCUCAGGGUGCCUCGGGGCGUAUGUACGCAUGAGGCGGAGUGGAACAUUGGUGACAGCAGGCGCAGGUGCGCAGGUGCAUGCCGGAUGCGGCGUUUGUCUAAGCCUAGGCCCACCACCAUUGCGGCCGCACUUGCCUCGCGUCUCGCGUCCCCGGCCGGCGUGGCACCAGCUGCAGGCUCGGGAGGCUUUUAACAACGACCUCCUAAGCGACUCGUAGUGGGACCAGAUGCGGUACACGACUGGUGCCGAUGACCGGUGUCGAUGACCGGUGCGGACUUACGUCAUCCUUUUAAGGUGGUUGACGCCUUGACCUUGACCCGCUUUUGGCGCUGCAUGCACUGCACGCGAGUGACUGAAUUCUAGACAGCGACUUCAGGCCUUAAACCUCUACGG